AUCGCGCCAAAAUAAAAAUUGAAAAUAUAUCAAUUGCGCUCUUUCAUGGUACUAGCAGCGGCGGCCAAAGGCAUUUCUGUCAAUUCCAAUUUCCAACAUUGAAUCAUCAUUCAUCCGAAAGAAUAUUUGUUUGUUUAUGAUACGAUGAAGAGAAAAAGGGAUAAUGAUGACGAGGUUGAAAUCGAAGAAGAUAGACUGAGUGAGUUACCUGAUUGUGUUCUCCAUAACAUUCUAUCCUUCCUGAGCGCUAAAGGUGCCGUUGAAACUUCUGUAUUGUCUCCAAGAUGGAAAUAUCUUUGGAAGCGUCUUCCCACUCUUAGAUUACAUUCCUCUCACUUUAGACAUCUCAAGCAGUUUACCAAAUUUGUGUCUCAGAUUUUGUCUCGACGCGAUGGCUCAACUUCAAUCCACACUCUCAAUUUUCACCGUCAACUUUUGGUGGAGCCUCAACUACUCAAAAGGGUUAUAAACUACGCUAUUUCACAUGAUGUCCAAGAAAUAUUUAUCCAGGUUAAAUGUGAUAUUCAACACUUUCCGCCUUGCCUAUUUUCAUCUCACACUUUAACGUCUCUUAAACUUGCAAUUGUUCACCCUAAAAUUUAUGCUAUGAGAGCAUUAUUUCCUAAUUCUCUAGAUUUACCAUCAUUAACUACCCUGUGUCUACAUUUAUUCGCCUUUUCUGUCGGCGAUGAUGGCCGUGCUGAACCUUUUUCGACAUUAAAAAAGUUGAAUACUUUGAUUAUUGAUAAAUGUGAAGUUGUGGAUGCACAAAACCUUUUGAUAUCAAAUAUAACACUUGUUAAUUUAACUAUAGUCAUCCGUGAUUAUCCUCCUAAUGCCUGUAUUGAAAUCGAGUUAUCUACUCCAAAUCUUUGUACCUUUUGUUAUAUUGGAUCUCCUUUUCACAAAUUCUAUGGGAGAAAGGGCAAUCUCUCUUCUAUCAAACAUGUAGCCAUUGAUGUAAAGUUGAUGGCAAGUUCUAAGACGUAUUCUAAGUUUCUACUUGAUUGGUUGGUUGAGCUUGCGAAUGUUGAGUUACUCACGCUCUCUUCACCUACUCUUCAGGUUCUUUUCUUAGUUCCUAAUUUAUUGAAGGUUCAGCUCCGUUCUUUGUCUAACAUGAAGUCACUGAAAGUAAUAAUGAAACAACCUUCAUCCAUACCAGAAGGAAUGGUGAGCUUUUUGCUUCAAAACGCACCCUCGGCAAAGGUUGAGAUCAUAGAUUGAUUAAGCAAGGUUGUACAACCAAACAGAAAGGCAAAGGACAAAAUGACGAAAACAGGGAUGGAGCGAGAGCGAUGAUUUUUAUGACAACAUGAAUGCAUAGAACCCUUCUUGAUGUUUAUUAUUUUGAGAUGUUUGUCUGUAGGAUGUUUUUAUUUAUCUAUUUCAUGUAACAUUAACUCUUUAGUAGGAAAAGAGGUGAACAAUUUUAAGUUAUUUUGCAUAGGCAUCAAUGGAAUGUUUUCAUGUCUUGCUUGUGGCAUAAUCAAUCUCUAUUGAUGUAAUUGAUUAACUGUCAUAUGCUAGCUACGUUUUUACCUCUGUAAUA